UUUAUUUUGACAUACAGAAUUCCAGUGAAGGCUUCGGCGUAAUUGACGGAGGCUUCACGGCGGCCGAGGACCGUUCACAACAAAGGCGAGAGGCAGAUUUUUAUUUGGUCAACACAGUUUCAUCAGAUAACCGCUAAAUUAUUCAGAGUCAGAAAUAGAAAAAACGACCGCUAUCGUCGUGCUAAUUGGGAAGCGCACCAUGUCAGCUAUCUGUGGGCCUACAGGCUGAAGAGGUCUGAUCGUUCUGGAGAGCUGGAAAGCGAGAGAUGGGGAACACAGCCACCAAGUUCCGUAAGGCACUGAUCAAUGGCGAUGAGGUUCUGGCCUAUCAGCUCUAUGAGGGCAACCCUCAGUUCAAAGAGUCACUAGACCCGAACACCUCAUAUGGGGAACCGUACCAACACAACACCCCGCUCCAUUACGCUGCCAGACAUGCCAUGACACGCAUACUCAGGGUCCUUCUCUUCAGCAAGGAUGGGAACCCCAACAAACGUAAUGUGCACAAUGAGACCACACUGCAUGUGUUGUGCAUGGGCCCGCAUAUCCUGCUAUCUGAAGGGGCGUUGCAGCCGCGACUGACCCGGCCCUAUGAAGAUGAACGCAGGCGGGCUGAGUGCCUCCAGAUGAUCCUAAAGUGGACUGGUGCUAAGCUAGAUCGUGGUGAAUAUGAGAGUGCAGACGUCAGUGCCACCGAUAACAAAAAGAACACGCCAUUACACUAUGCUGCUGCCUCAGGGAUGAAGACUUGUGUAGAGUUUCUGGUGAAGCGUAGUGCAGACCUGUUUGCGGAGAAUGAGAACAAGGAGACCCCAUGUGACUGUGCAGAAAGGCAGCAUCAUAAGGAGCUUGCGCUCAGUCUGGAGUCUCAGAUGGUCUUCUCCACUGACCCCCAUGCUGAGGAUAUCGAGGCAGAGUAUGCAGCCUUAGACCGCAGGGAGUUUUAUGAAGGUUUGAGAGUGCAGGACCUCAGGAGACUGAAGGACAUGCUGAUAGUGGAGACGGCAGACAUGCUGCAAGCUCCUCUCUUCACUGCAGAGGCUCUUCUUCGGGCUCACGACUGGGACAGGGAGAAACUCCUGGAAGCUUGGAUGUCUAAUGCUGAGGACUGCUGCCAGCGUUCGGGUGUUCAGAUGCCCACUCCCCCGCCUAGAGGCUACAACACCUGGGACACCCUGCCUUCACCCCGUACACCACGCACCACUCGCUCAUCCAUCACCUCUCCGGACGAGAUCAGCCUGACCCCUGCUGAUGAUGAUCGCUCGCUGUGCGGCAUUUGUAUGUGUGCAGCCUCCAUGUUUGAGGAGCCUGUUGAUAUUCCAUGUGGUCACGAGUUCUGCAGAGGAUGCUGGGAAAGUUUUCUGAAUCUGAAGAUCCAGGAGGGGGAGGCCCAUAAUAUCUUCUGCCCAGCCUUUGACUGCUUCCAGCUGGUUCCUGUUGAGGUCAUUGAGAGCAUUGUGUCCAGAGAGAUGGACAAACGUUAUCUGCAGUUUGACAUCAAGGCAUUUGUGGAGAAUAAUCCUGCCAUCCGGUGGUGCCCGCGGGCUGGCUGUGAUAGAGCGGUGCGAUUGGCCGGGCAGGGACCAGGUGGCAGUACCUCUGACCCGCUCAGUUUUCCUCGCCUCCAGGCCCCUGCGGUGGACUGUGGAAAAGGCCAUCUCUUCUGCUGGGAGUGCCAAGGAGAGGCCCAUGAACCAUGUGACUGCCAAACUUGGAAGAUGUGGCUUCAGAAAGUCUCUGACAUGAAACCAGAAGAGCUGGCAGGUGUAAGUGAGGCGUAUGAAGAUGCUGCCAACUGCCUGUGGUUACUCACCAACUCCAAAUCUUGUGCCAACUGCAAAUCUCCCAUUCAGAAGAAUGAGGGCUGUAACCACAUGCAGUGUGCCAAGUGCAAGUAUGAUUUCUGCUGGAUCUGUCUGGAAGAAUGGAAAAAACACAGUUCCUCUACUGGAGGAUACUACCGUUGCACACGCUAUGAGGUCAUUCAGCAGGUGGAGGAGCAGUCUAAAGAGAUGACUGUUGAGGCAGAGAAGAAACACAAGAACUUCCAGGAAUUAGAUCGCUUCAUGCACUAUUACACACGCUUUAAGAACCACGAGCACAGCUACCAGCUUGAAGAACGCCUGCUUAAGACGGCCAAAGACAAGAUGGAACAACUGAGCAAAGUUCUGAGUGGAAGAGAAGGAGGCCCUCCAGACACUACUUUCAUUGAAGAUGCAGUGCACGAACUACUUAAAACUCGUCGUAUUCUCAAGUGCUCUUACCCUUACGGGUUCUUUCUGGAGCCCAAAAGCACAAAAAAGGAAAUAUUUGAACUUAUGCAGACUGACUUGGAAAUGGUGACUGAAGAUCUUGCACAGAAAGUCAACCGGCCUUACCUCCGCACACCUCGUCAUAAGAUAAUCCGCGCCGCCUGCCUGGUGCAGCAAAAGAGGCAGGAGUUUCUGGCAUCUGUGGCAAGAGGUGUGGCCCCCAACGAUUCACCUGAAGCCCCUCGACGCAGUUUUGCUGGUGGAACAUGGGACUGGGAGUACUUGGGUUUCGCCUCUCCCGAGGAGUAUGCCGAAUUCCAGUACAGGCGCAGACACAGGCAACGCAGGAGAGGAGACAUGGCCAGCCUCCGCAGCAACACACCCGACCCUGAUGACCCGAACCACAGCACUUUAGACACACAAGAAAUUGGUGGUGGUCAGAGACAGGGUCUACCCAUGCCUCACAGUUCCCUGGAUGAGGAUGAUCCGAAUAUCCUCUUGGCCAUCCAGCUGUCCCUGCAGGAGUCUGGGAUGACUGCAGGCAUUGCUGGCGUUGAUGCUCAAGAAAUCCUUGCUAAUGAAGCAUCUCUGGGGGCCAUCGGAACAUCCCUGCCCACACGGCUGGACCCGGUGCUGUGCGGGAUAGAUGUGCCCCGUGCUGCCCUGAGCAGCUCUGAGCUGCUAGAGGUGGGUGACAGCCUAAAGAAGCUGGGUAAUAUCAGUGGCCAGAAUGUCCCUCUACGUUUCGACAAUCUCAACAAUCCUUCCCGUGAGUCUGCAGAGGAUCCCUUCCAAGCUCCUUCGGGACGUAUGGACACCUCUGAUUUCGGUUCAGACAACGCCAACCUUCUAGGCAACAUCAUGGCUUGGUUUCACGACAUGAAUCCGCAGAAUAUCAGUUUGGUUCCUUCAGCCGGUGCAACUCACCAGGAAUUCGCCGCUCAGUCGGCGAGGAUGAUGUCAGAGCAGACUGAAUGCGCCAUUCCACAGUGGACAACAGGGGGCGAUAGAGAGGCGGAGCACGAGUUUGACUCCGGUAUCGUCGCGGGAGAGCGUGAGCCUGUCAGGCCGACACAGCUGGACCUAGUAGGUCUUGAUAUGUGUCCGGUACCUCCUUCAUCCAUUGAGUUGGGCGAAACUCCGAGCGGUUCAAACCCGUGUCACUCCGAUACUCCAAAAUGUGACUCCGACCCCGACCAGCCUAGCAGUAGCUCCUCUGAAUGGGAGGGUCAAGUACACCUCGUAUGAAAGAUUGACUUCACCCACUAGUUAAGCCACUUAUCUGAUGAAGUAGCUGCCGGAUUCCAAACCCGAGGAACAAGAUUAAUCCUGACGAGAAGCUUUGUAUUGUCAGAUAUGUAGAAAUUGAAACCGAGAUAUGUAAAGAGGUCGCUUUUGAGUACUCAUUCAGUACUCGUGUGUUUUAGGCCUUUGUGCUUACGAGGCAUGUGUUCUUUGCUCACUAAAAACUCUUUCCGAUCCUGGAGUGUUAAACACUUUGAAAAGAGUCAGCAACUGAACCAGAAAGAGAUAUGAAGACGAGGCGGGAAGUGAGGUAGCCAGAAAAAUCUACUGUAUAGAACAGGAUGGUAUUCGGUGCGAGUUCCUGUUCUUCUGAUUAAAAAGGAUGUAAAAGAUACUGUAGGUGCCAAAAACACUGGCUUGUACACGCCGUGUGGACGGUGUGCUGAUCGUGCCUGCUGCUGAGGGCCUAGUCGCCCUGUUGAGUACACUAUCCUUCCUUUAAACUAGACCUGUAGUAUCAGAGAAGUACACAUCAGCAUCACACUCACAAGAGUUGUGAGGCUGAUUAUCACAGAAACUAAAAGAACAGUAAUUCUAGUUGCAGUCAACAACUUCUUUUUCGAUCAAACGUAAUCGCUGUAAUCCGUCAUUGGUUAAUUAGAACGGAAAGUACUCGGUUCAGGACUGCCGCACCGGCUCUAGAAAUCGUUUUCUCUUUGCAACUUAUCACAGUGCCUUUUCUGUGAAACUUCUCUUUAUUUAUAGCCGCUCUCUUGCGCUCAGAGCCCAGAGUGUGGGAAGUUCCAAUACACAUUCUACUUGUACUUUCAGGUGGCGAUUAAGCAAACUGAGCUCAAUGUUUUCUAAAAGACAUUUUUAUAUAUGUUCGGUUCCUUUCGCAUGCCUCUGGCCCCUUCCCCCAGGGUGUUUUUAAAGCAAUUAUUUAAAAACAAAAAAGCGAAAGAAUGAAUAAACACAUUUGUGGAUUAUAUCCAUCUGUAUUUAAUGACAUACUAAACGUGUGUUAAGAUGCGAUAUCCACAUGGAAACAAUGUGUAAAAAUCAAAUUCUCAGAUUUAAAAUGUCGGAUAAAAAUCCAUAGAUGUGGUCCAAGUGCAUCUCUGAUAGAAAAUUAUGAAUAUGUUUAUUUUUUCAAGAUGCACCACUUUUCAAAACCAUGUUUUCUCCUCAGAAUAUCUAAGGUCUCGUCUAUGGAUCUUUCGGUAGAGGCAGACGCAUCUCAAUGUGGUGGCCAGAAGCUGUUUUAGCUGCAGAUUUACAGUACAUUUCUACACACGGUGGUGGUUACCCACAAUUACGAUUUUUUUUUUUUUUUUUUUACGAUUAAUUUAACUGUGGUAUUUCUCUACAAUAAAUUAUGGAAAUGAUUUUCUAUUUAUUUAAAAUUGAAUGUCCUUAAAAAUGAAUAAAGAUAAAGUUGAUAACAACGAAAAAAAAGCAAAAACAAAUGAGCGCCAGUACAUUUCUACACACGGUGGAGCUUACCCACAAUUACAAUUUUUUUUUUUUUACGAUUAAUUUAACUGUGGUAUUUCUCUACAAUAAAUUAUGGAAAUGAUUUUCUAUUUAUUUGAAAUUGAAUGUCCUUAAAAAUGAAGAUAAAGUUGAUAACGAAAAAAAAAAGCAAAAACAAAUGAGCGCAUAUAUAUAUAUAUAUAUAUAUAUAUAUAUAUAUAUAUAUAUAUAUAUAUAUAUAUAUAUAUAUAUAUAUAUAUAUAUAUAUAUAUAUAUAUAUAUAUUUUGUGUAUAUAUCAAACUGUAAUAACACAGUGCCACUUUUCAAUAUCUGAUUAUUAUUUAAAAUGCGAAUGCUGAGAUAAUUGUUAAAAGCCAUUCAAACAAAUUAACAGAAUGUUUUUUUUUAUUUGCUUUCCUUUUCUUGCGAACACCUGGCCAACUUAUCAACAGACGAAACUAUCAUUUCAGCUAAAUCACAACAGCACUGAGUUUUAAGCUCUUCAGUCAGAAAAAUUGCACAAAAUUAGCUCACAUUUCAGCCUUGGAAUAACCCAUUUUAGCUCAUAGGUUUGCCGUUAUAUUGGCGGUUUUAGCUGUGGGUUUGAUCGAGCAGGCGCCUGAUGCUUUAUUGUGGGCUUGAUGUCAUAAGUAUGUUGAAUCUGACCUUAUGUCCUAAUGCAGUAUUGCAUUGCAUAAAACUUUACACAAAGUGAAAAUGAAGGCAAACCUGUUCGCAAAGUGUUUUUUGGAAUCAUUCCAUUCGUUUGGAGGAGUGCAAACAUAAUUUUUUUCUGUAUGUACAGUAUGUAUGUGUGAUCAGAAUCAGUUAAACUCACUAAAUUGCAGUAUUUUUUCGGACUAAUGUAUGUCGCCAAAGGUGGAGGUGGAGCUGAUGUCUGUUCAAAUGAAGCAUAUGGUAGAUUUUGAACCUCUGCCCAAACAUGACAAAAAAGUGAAUGACAAAAGUUGUUCUGUAUGUGACAGUAUGCUGUGCAUUAAGUAAUUAUAAUAAAAAUAGAUCACGUUUUCUUGACAAAAGACCUUUCAAGUGUCAAGGCUAUUGUUUGGGGGAGGGGGGUGGCUAUUAUUUGUGGGGCAAGUAAAGCACAUUUUGUAACCCAUUACAGAUUUUAUAUUGUUAAACAUCUAAUCCUUGAAAUGGUAUUUGCACUUUCAUAAUCUUUACUUGAUACAUUCCCAAUUUAUAUGGAAAAUACAAAUGUGUGAUGUUUGGCCAAUGAAUUGGACCGAUUUGAGUGUGAAUCUUAAUAAAGUUGCUAAGACAA